AUGUACAAUACGAUAUACUAUGUACUUGGUGGCAUGUUUGCUCUCAUUGGAUUCCUGGCAUUGUAUCAAUUCAUACAGGCCGUGCGAUUCUCGAGGUCCAACACCAAGCAAGUGUUCACAGCCACGAUCGUACUUGUGAUGUUUGCUCGAGGUGCAUUCUUCUUGAUCACUCCAUCCAUAGUCAGUGGGAGUCUACAGAACUUCCCUUUGAACGUCUUACUCCUGUGGGAUCACAUGAUUGAUAUGCUAUUCUUCUUGGCAUACUUCAUGUUCUUCUUAUCAUGGACAGACUUCUAUUAUCAGGCAUCAGUUGGAUCAGAGUCCAACUUCUUCAAGAAUAGGAUAGUAGUGAUUGUUUUAUCAUCAUUCUAUGUUGGAAGUGUGAUUGCCAUCACUGGAUGUUUCCUAAUGUCAAACAAUCCAGAUACAGUCAAGACUGUAGAAUUGGUAACAGCAUGCUUCAUCACAUCAUUAUACUUUAUGACUGCAGGAUUGUUUGCAGUGUAUGGACUAAAGAUAAACAGACUAAUGAAUGACUGUCGACUACUUAUCAAAAAUGUACAAUCUACCAAAGUCAAGGCCAUCACAUGGAUAUGUUCUCUAUGUUUCCUUCUAAGGGCAUGUCUAAUUGUAUAUAGUAUAAUACUAUUGAAUAAUGAACCAGAGUCAAAGACAUUCAAUCUGGCAUGGUAUUGGGUAUUGAUAUUCUUUGUUGUUCUAGAGAUAUUACCAACAUGUGCAAUGUUAUACUAUCUUAGCAAAGGACAACAGAAUAGUAGUAGUCGUACAGAGUCAACAUACAUGGCAAUCCAACAAGAGGAA